AUGAACUUUGUGGAUGAUCAAGAUUUAAUCAAAAUCAAGGAUGCUGCAAUCCGUAAUAUGCCUGUCUUGCAUUAUGACAGAACUGGGUUUCGAGCUUCCCCUCGUUUAUCGAAGGAUACAAACAAAUACUACAAUGUGCACGUAACAGAUGAAGUUAUGCUUGAAUACAUUGCCACUCAAUUGAAGGAAACAGACAAGAUGUCUGUUAUGGGCGAGUUCUCUAUUGAACAUUGGAAAAACAGACUAGGCAAUCCCUACCAUACAACCCACAUCCAAGCUCAAUGUUUGCAAGUCAAUGAUUUUAUCUGUUUCAAAAGCGCCCAGGCACCAGCCAUGCAUAUCCAGUUUCGAUUGAUGGUUUUUUUUUUAGCCCAAAAUAUGCCUGGUGCUUCCAAAGUCUCGACUUGCUUUGAUGCCAAAACCAUUGGCGAUAUGGUCAGAAAGGUCAUUGUUCCUAUCUAUCCUAAUGACAGGAAAAGACACAAUGUGGACAAUCUCAAGGCUGCAAGAGACAAGGUACGCAAGACUCUUCAUGAAAAGAAUAUGUUUGAAUUGCAACGUAUUCAACAAGGCAACAUGCAAUUAAUAAAUAAGUUGACUGAAUCUUCAAAAUAA